CAAUGAUCAAAACAAUCGUGACAAUUCUUUAUCAUAAACGCAAAAAAAAAUUCUUCUCUUCACUUAUUUUAAAUUUUUGGAUUAAAACAGUUUUAAAUCGUUUCACAAAUCAAGGCAGCUGUUGACAAACCUCUUGUCGCAUCAAAGAGUGAAGAAAAACAUGGGAAACCAGCUGGUUGGGGUGGCCCCAUCCCAGAUUUUUCCCGUCGAACACUAUCUAACGGGAUCGUACGAAUCGAAUCUACAAUAUGAAACAGGGAUGGGAAGCACCCGUUUUCUAAAAGUCGCUCGGGCCCGGAGUGAUGACGGUCCGGUUGUGGUUAAGGUUUUCGUGAAACAUGAUCCCUCCUUUCCAUUGGAGCAACACAUCGACAAGAUCGAGUACAUAAAAAAGAACCUGGCGAAUGCGGUGAAUUGUUUGCCCUUUCAGCGUGUGUUGAUCACGGAGCGAGCAUGUCUGAUAAUUCGUGAAUUUGUAAAGCACAGCUUGUACGAUCGAGUAUCAACUCGUCCAUUUCUCACGUUGAUAGAGAAAAAAUGGAUCACAUUCCAAAUUUUGUGCGCCUUGCACCAAUGUCACAAACAGAAAAUAUACCACGGGGAUAUAAAGUUAGAAAACAUCAUGAUAACGUCAUGGAACUGGAUUCUGCUCUCCGAUUUCGCUUCUUUCAAACCGACUUACCUACCGGAGGAUAAUCCAGCUGAUUACAGCUUCUUUUUCGACACCAGCCGUCGUCGUACAUGUUAUAUAGCGCCGGAACGCUUCGUCAAAUCGGCCACGGUUGAAUCACUACCGCAGAAACCGGAUGGCCCACUCGUAGCUGAGGGUCCAUGUUAUACCGGUAAUCUACAACCGGAGAUGGACAUAUUUUCAGCUGGCUGUGCCUUGUUGGAAUUGUGGACCGAAGGAACUGCCCCGUUUGAGUUUUCCCAGCUGUUAACCUAUAGACGUGGGGAGGUGGACCUGGUGAAUAAACACCUGGAUUGCAUAGAAGACGAACGAUUGAAAAGCCUACUGCAGUCGAUGCUGAGCAUCAAUCCGAAAGAGCGGAAAUCAGCAGAAAUUUAUCUCGACCAAGAACGUGGAAAGCUGUUUCCCGAGUAUUUCUAUUCCUUCUUGCAAUCUUACUUACAAAUGUUCUCAACAAUUCCGGUCGUUCCGGCUGAUGAGAAAAUAUCCCGCUUGCAUUCCGACAUUGAUCAAAUCAUCAAAAUCGUUACCGAAAGGGAAGAUAACUCAAAACCGGUGACUGAAAGUGAAUAUGAACAAAUGGAACAACAAAGCGACAAUGAUGGAUUAAUUUUGAUCACCGCUGUUGUGUCCUCCUGUUUCAGAGGGUUGAAAUUUUGCAGCUCAAAGCUGGCGUCUUUGGAAAUUCUGCAAAAAUUAGCGCAAAACACAACGUCCGAAACUAUUCUGGACAGGAUUCUACCAUACAUCCUACACCUGGCUCAAGAUUCUACGCCACGUGUUCGAGUGUGUGCUCUCAAUACUCUAACACAAUGUUUGGGUUUGGUAAAGAAUCUGCAACGAAGUGAUGCCAACGUAUUUCCGGAUUACAUUCUACCGGCGCUCGCUCCGUUGGCAACCGAUAAUUCGACAAUGGUACGGGUAGCUUACGCUAAGAACAUUGCAUCCCUUGCCGAAACUGCCGUUGGAUUCCUGGAACAAUCUCAAUUCAGCUGUAGCUCGGAAAAUCAUCCACCACCGCACUACGAAACGGAACUUAGUGCUCUGCAUGAAAUGCUUCAUCAAACUGUUCUUUCCCUUCUGACAGAUUCACAACCGAUUGUGAAACAAAUGCUGAUGGAAUCAGGUAUUACAAAGCUGUGCGUAUUUUUCGGUCGGCAGAAGGCAAACGAUGUUAUCCUAUCGCACAUGAUAACAUUUCUCAACGAUAAAGAGGACCGAAAUCUGCGCGGUUCGUUCUUCGAUUGCAUCACCGGUGUGGCGGCUUUCGUAGGAUGGCACUGUUCACCGAUGCUCAUUCCCCUGCUUCAACAAGGACUGAGUGAUCCGGAAGAGUUUGUCAUUGCCAAGGCCAUCCGCGCUACGACGGCUCUUAUCGAGCUGGGACUCAUCCAGAAGCCAGGUAUCAUUGAAUUCAUUGCCGAAUGUGCUUGCUAUCUUAAUCACCCCAAUCUUUGGAUACGUCACGAAAUUUGUGGACUAAUUUCGACUUCCGCUAGGGUGCUGAGCGCUCUCGAUGUUCAGUGCAAGAUAAUGCCAUCGAUAGCGAACCAUCUGAAGGCUCCUCUCAUCCAGGUCGAAAAACCGGAACUGCUCAUGGACUGUUUACUUCCGCCCAUUCCUCGGAAUAUCUAUGAUGCCGUAAUCAAGUGUCCGGAUAUAAAUCGACUAAUUGAAGUGCUACGGGAGCGAAAGGUGGCUCGUAGUCGCUGCAGCGAAGGGUUUAUUCCUCAAUAUGGUGAGGUGACGACUCAGAUGAAAAAUCUCUUUCGACGGCUCGCAAAUGAGGGUCUAACGGAUCUGAUUGAAGCUCAGCUACUCUCCAUGAGCGCCCACUUAAUCAAACUGCAUCGCUACAAACUAGCAGAAGCUCGGGUGCCACAUGGAAACGGGCGCAUAUCGCUGGAUAAACGGGACAUCGUACGUGAAGUGGUGUUAUGCGAGCAGCUCAACAAAAUGGACAUCGGUGGCGGAAAAAUUAAACAACGCAAAUCUGAAUCGGACUGUGGCCCAGUCGAAUGGCAGCACAUGUUUACGGCCAUCGAUUCUCACUCACCAUCACCAACGUCACCGUCGAAUGAAUCGGUAAGCUCGGUUAUGACCGCGGGUAACUUGGCGCCUCCCCCUCAAUCAACGCCCACGUCCAGCUUGGUCGAAUAUAGCAUGCCGGAACGCACCGCAAUGCAGGAAAAAUCGGCCGAAUGUCGUUUGGAAUUGGAAUCGCUUAUGAGUAAAAUGAAAAGCCGAUAUGCUUCCUACGCUGUGAACAAAGAUUUGCGCGAUCCAACAAUAUCGAGUUCGCCCCUUCCGAGUGGGUGGAAGAUGAACGGCACAAUUGUUGCCCAUUUGCAUGAACACAAAGCUGCGGUGAGUCGAAUGACGACCCUGAAACCGUACGGAUCACUUUUUGCUAGCGCAUCUAUCGAUGGCACGGUCAGACUAUGGGAUUGCAACAAACUGGAUGGUCAACAGUCAAUUAAUCGAUCUCGACAAUCCUACCACGCAAAUACUCCACUACACGCAAUAGCUGCUUGCGAUGCGGGUCAAUCGCUCGCUAUUGCCGGUAAAGACGGAGCUUUAUUGCUUCUAAAGAUUGAUACAAACUCCAGCAAGAUGGCACUGCAGCAAGCAAGGCAUCUUGACUCAAACGCACGAAUAGAUCGAGCUCCUGGUGAUCCUCAAGACGACGGACCGGUCGUCGAAAUGCAGCCACUAGAUCAAGGGGCCCAGAGUGUUAUCGUUUAUGCUACACUUUACGGAGGCCUUGUCGGCUGGGACAUACGGAUGCCUGGACACGCUUGGCGCCUGGAAAGCGAUCUACGUAAAGGGGUCAUCACUUCAUUCUGUGUGGAUCCUACCAGUUCCUGGCUAACGGUCGGUACCAGCAGUGGUCGUCAUAUUUGCUGGGAUCUCCGCUUCAGACUACCGAUUGCGGAAAUCAAACACCCACAUGAUUCCCGCAUACGCCGGGUUGCACCACACCCUACCGAACCUUCCUGGCUCAUAUCAGCUUCACAAGGGAACAACGAGGUUUACGUGUGGAAUAUUGAAACGGGUCAUCGACAACAGGCUUUCUGGGCCAGCUCCAGUCCGCCUCUUUCAAACUCCAACGUUUCAUCACAUUCCGUAUGUGCGCUGCUACCUGGAGUAGUAGACGGGGGAGGAUUUCUUCUCACCGGAGGAACCGAUCAACGCAUACGCUACUGGGAUCCAAUCAACGUGGAAAACUGUUCGCUGGUCGUAUCAGCGCCUAGAGAUUAUCUUACAACAUCCAACAUAUGCUACGAAUCUCGGCUCAUUGACGGAACACGGGUAGUGUCGGAAAUUCAUUACCAAAACAACAGUGGCGGCGGAGUUGGUAUUGGCGGAGGUGGCAUAGGUGGAGCGAAUUCAGGGGUACCCGAUCGAGGUACACGAACAAACCCCGAAGAUGUUCCACGAUCGGGACCGGAAAUGCCGGCCCCCGGUCAUCAUGAUGUGAUAAGCGAUAUGCUGAUGUGUAGAACGGCCAAGCAGACGUUUGUAGUGUCCAGCAGUCGUGACGGAGUCAUUAAACUCUGGAAGUAGUAUGUUACUUCUCUAUAAGUAUGAUUAAUAACCAGUUAUAGCAUAAUUAUUCGUUGUUUGAUUAAGUUAAAAAUUUGCAGAUAAAUUAUCCGUACCU